GACCCAAUUGGAUUUACUUCACCAGUUAUGUUGACACCUAAACUUAUUUUACAAGAAACAUGGAAAAACAAUAUGUCAUGGGAAUCUCCUCUCGAUGCCGAUCUAAUGAAAAAAUUCCAUGAGUGGUAUAAAACAUUUCAUUACUUAAAGAACUGUAAAAUUCCAAGGAGAUUGACCGAGGACACAAUGAAAGAGUGUGAAAUUAGCUUACAUUUAUUUUGUGAUGCAAGCAAGGAUGGGUAUGCUGCAGGUGUGUUACUUCGUGCUGAAAAGAAUAAAAAGGUGACUACACAACUAAUUUCAGCCAAGUCCCGUGUCACACCUCCCAAGAAGAUAAGCAUUCCCAGGUUAGAAUUACUAGCUGCAUUGAUAGGCGCAAGGCUGCUCACACAGGUUAGAGAAAACCUCAAUUUACAACAUUGUUCUGAAUACUGCUGGACAGAUUCAGCUGUUACUCUGUGUUGGAUCAAUCGAGAAUUACCCUUGAACACAUUUGUAGGUAACAGAAUAAAAGAAAUUAGACAACAUACUAAUACCAACAAUUGGAGACAUAUUCCAGGUGAACACAACUGGGCGGACCUGGCAUCCAGAGGCUGCAACGCGAAGACCCUACUCGAGACCAGAUGGUGGGAAGGACCCGCUUGGCUGCGUCUGGAGCCGCAGCAAUGGCCGAAGUCCAACUUCACAGUUGAUGAGCUGCAGGUACACCUGGAAACUAAAAAGAUUAAACAACUAAAGCACCCUAUUUGUUGUGGGCAAACAACCCAAUUGUGACAGCCAUGGUGAGACAGCGCCAUGAACAGCUCCAGCAUGUGGGAUCAAAUGAACUGAUUACAGACUUAAGAGCGAGGUUCUGGAUCAUCGGUAUACGUAGAUUGGUAAAAACAAUAAUAGCCACAUGUGUCAUUUGCAAACGAUACAGAGUGAAAGCCAGCCGAGCACCAACAGCACCACUGCCCCCAGAGCGCACCAGCUGUUCUGCUGCCUUCCAGACCACAGGCGUAGACUUAGCGGGUCCUCUGUUUCUGCGUAACGGCGAAAAGUGUUGGAUUGUGAUAUACACAUGCGCAGUAUAUCGCGCUGUUCAUCUAGAGUUAACAAGGUCACUCUCCACGGAGGCCUUCAUCAUGACUUUACGACGAUUCGUAGCACGAAGAGGCCGCCCAGAUUUAAUGAUGUCAGAUCAAGGAACAAAUUUUUGUGGCACAAAAAACUUAAUUUUGUCUCUAGAUUGGGAGGAGGUGCAGCGUCACUCCACUGUGCGACGCAUAUCGUGGAAGAUGAAUGCACCAUCUGCUGCCUGGUGGGGUGGCUAUUGGGAGCGCCUUAUAAGAAUUAUGAAGGAUCUUCUACGACGCAUAUUAGGUAAAUCGACAGUAUCAUAUGAGGAGCUUGUUACUUUAUUAUGUGAGUGUGAAGCAAUAAUGAAUGGACGACCACUCACAUACAUCAAUGACGAUAAAAAUAGUAAUUUAGAGCCACUCACCCCAGCACACUUUAUACAACCAUCAUGUAAUACUGAAAUGUCAGAUUUUGAUCAAAUAGACAAAGAAAGUUUAAAUAGACGACUUAAGUAUUUACAAGAACUCAAAGAACAAUUUAAAAGUAGAUUCAAGAAUGAAUAUAUAACUCUAUUAGUUCAGAAAGGCAAAGAAAUAAAAGAUAGUGUAAACAUAGGAGAUAUAGUACUGAUAGAAACCGAAGAGAAACGAAUAAAAUGGCCUUUAGGUAUUGUUAUAGAUCUGUUCACAGGUAGAGAUGGAGUAGACCGCACAGCCAGGGUAAGGACUGCCAUCGGCACAAAAAUCCGUCCGAUACAGAGACUGUACAAGCUGGAAGUCUCCAAUUUCACAGGUGACAAUGUUUCUUUAAGUCAAAGUCCUAUUUCUUCACCUUCAGAGGAGAAUUCUCCUGAAAUCAGUCAUUUGUGUCCUGAGAUAUCUGUAGCCCCAGUAGAUACUAAAAGCCGUAGCGGUAGAACGAUCAAGAGGCCGAGUAAAUAUGAUAUUUACGUUUAAUUUCAUUUUGUUAAUAAUAUUUUUACGUGUCAAGUUAAUUUUGUUAGAAAUAAGUUUCUAUUUUUUGUAUCUUUAUAGUCUAUAGAAAAGACAAGAUAAUUUCAUAAAAUUUAAAUGUAUGUCUUAGUU